AUGAGCAACAAUAACGUGUCCAAUACGUCGGAUCUGGUACAGCCUGCGACGACCACUGUGGUACCAGAGGUAUUGGAUGAGUCCACGGCUUCGUCAGUUGAUCAAUGGAGGUUGUUAUUGGGCCUUGCUAUCCUUGUAGGGUCCUAUAUUCUACGUGUCGAGAUUGUACGAUUCUCGUUACGCGUCGCACGCCGUAUUGUUCCAGUCUUGUAUACGUGGUUACGUGAAUUUGAAAAAAUGCUAUUGCGCCCACUGUCUUGGGUAGUUUUUGUUCUACUUUGCUGGUUUUCAGCUUAUGUCAUGGACUUGGAGUCAUUAGUGGACAUGGACUCGGGCACGUUGCAAGGAAUUAUCACUCUACUAUUAGGACCUCCAUUGGUUUGGGUCGUUAUUUGCUUUUGCAAUUAUGUUGCAUGGGGAAUUAUACGUGUACAAGGCUGGAGUCGAUCUGUGUCGAAAGAUGAUGAUGAUUAUAGUCGUGUCAUGAUUAUUACAGAAGGGAUUGAAGUAAUCAAAAUUUUGUUGGCAGUAGCUGUCGUGUCGACUUGUAUUAUUGAUGAGAUCGGUCGAUUCACGGACUUUGAGUCGGGCCAGGUGUCUGCGGUUGCGGUCAUCAUGGUCGAAUUUGUGUUUGUGUUUGGCGCACAUUCUUGGCUGAAAAAUAUUAUGGGUGGAUUGAUGUCGCUGCAAGACGAACAAAUUAGGAGCGGGCUGCAUGUGUCGUUUCAAGGCCACGAAGGUGUGGUGGAACGAUUGUUUCUGCAGGGGUUUUCGAUGCGUCAGUAUGACAAGGGCGUGGCAUAUAUUCCCAAUAGUAUCAUGCUAGAAAAUUUAGUAACAGUGCAGACGAAAAGUCUAGACCGACGCUGUAUUGUUCCAGUUCAUCUAAGCCACGCAACACCUACAACAGCGCUACGCAUUUUUAUUCAGGAGCUAGACAAUUUCCUGAUGAAGCAUAUGAUUGAUUCCCGCAUGAAUUCGAAAGGAAACGUUUUGGGACUGGAGAAGCCACGCGGUGGGUGGAAUAUAAUGAACGUAUACGAACGGAACAAGCAGCAUGCGAUGAAAGAACAUCAACCGCAAGACCGUUUCUGGAUCAGCAUUGAGGCACCGUACCUUGUGCACGUUGUCUAUUAUUCGCAGGAGCGGCACAUAAAGGAAUUGUUGGUCGAGAAGACAGAGAUCGUGCUACGCAUUACCGAGCUGAUCACCAAACUUCAGCUAAAUUUACAAGGAACAGAAGGAGAAUACAUUAGGCCAAGUUCUGCAGCCUUCCCGUCGCCAGCUAAAACCGAGGUGCCAGAUAUCAAUGAAGGAAAUGCUGAGCCGCUUGCUGAUAUAUCUAGCCACCGCCGACGGAGGCGAGCACCACCGGUAAGCGAGCCACUUGGACGACGUAUUGUAAACGACGGCAAUAUACUGCGGUUAUCGCCGACCUAUUGA